AUGACAGUUACCUGGACAAGUGGAUAUGACAUAGAUGAAGAUGUACCCUUUGUGGAAUGGGGUCCAAAGGGCGGAAGACAGGUACAAUCUGCUGCUAGAACAUUGACAUUUAAUCGUAACAGCAUGUGUGGUGAACCAGCGCGAACUGUUGGCUGGCGUGAUCCUGGUUUUAUACACACGAGUUUCCUUAAAGAACUUUGGCCAAAUAUGAGGUACACUUACAGGUUGGGGCAUUUCUUGUCCGAUGGUUCUUAUGUAUGGAGUAAGAGAUACUCGUUCAAGGCAUCCCCGUAUCCUGGCCAGAACUCAUUGCAACGUGUCAUCAUAUUUGGUGACAUGGGAAGGGCUGAGCGUGAUGGUUCAAAUGAAUAUGCUUAUUACCAACCUGGUUCACUUAACACCACAGACCAGCUCAUCAAGGAUUUAGACAACUUUGACAUUGUUUUCCAUAUAUGA